AUGACUGAGGUGCCCAGGGCCGUGGCUGAGGUGGCCGAGCCCAGUGGCGAAUCCCAAGGCACUUUAGUUAAAACCCAGCAGCCCACGGAAAAAAUCCUCGGGGCGCCGCCGAAGCGGGACACGCGCUUCGUACUUAGAGUGUCCGAGGUGUUGCUCAGAGCCAUCACCUCCAUCACCUCGCACAACGGGCUGACUCUGGCCACUCUCAAGAAGGAGAUGGGACAUGCUGGCUACCAAAUGCGCAGGAAGUGCUGCCGCCGCUCCGGCGAAGCGCCCAAGUCUGAUUUUAAGGGCACACUCAUGAGGAUCAGCAGCAACAACGGCUCCGGCUACUUCAGGGUCUGGAAGAUUCCGAAGCCAAAGAGAAAGCCGGGACGCCCGAGGUUGGGGGAGGGCGUUUGGUCCCCGAGGAGGACCCCCGCGGGGCCGCGGGUUCCACGGAAGCGCCGCGUGCGUCGCCAGGCGGCCAAGAAGGCCAGGGAAAUAUGGAGACGGAAUGCGAGGGCAGAGAUCGCGGCGAGGAAGUCAAGACCAAGAGGCAAGAACCCGGUGCGUUCCAGAGCCAAGAAGGAAACCCGGACCAAGGUGACGGCCGGAAGGAGUAGACGGACCGUGAAGGAAGGCAGGCCUAGGACACUAGAGAAGAAGAAGCCAAGGGAAAAGAAGAAACAGGACCCCGAGAAGCCGGUAGAACGGACCAUCCAGAGGUCACCCUCACUUAAAACUGACUCCAGGGCUGCUCGCCCAAAGGCUUCCACUAAAUUUGAAAGCCCUCGGAAUGCAGCUGGGAAUCCUUAG